AGCUGCUGGUUGGUUGGGGCACUGACUGGGUCAGGAAGAGGAGGAGGACAUGACAGGAGAGAGAGAGUGAGGGAGAGAGGGUUCAUUCAGCCUUGAAAGUAAGUAAGUGAGUCCAUCAGGCGAGGAUUCUGUGGCACUGCGAGUCAAAGCCCACUUCACGAAUGUGCUCCCCCCCCUACCCCCCCCCACUUUGCUCACGCUCUUUGCACACACACCCCUGCUGCAACAUCAUCAUCAUCUCUCCCUUCUCCUCUUGUCUCUCCCUUUCCCUCUGUCCUGCUCCAGCUCUCUGUUCCAAUUCCUUCCCUCCUCUCGCUGCCGUGGCCACCGUUCCACUGCUUUUUGCACUUCUUCCUCAUCUUCUUCUUCGUCUACUGGAGAAUGUCAUCAACAGUAGCGUUGCUGUGAUGCGAAAAGACGAGCACUGAGUGGGAUAAAGGAGUCCAACUUUUGGAAUUACAUCAGGUCGUUAGUCUCUCCAGUGCGCGGAGCCUUGAUCCUGAUCCACAUGGGGAGCAUGGGUUGGCUGCCGUGACGGUUGACGACGUAGUUCCUUGACGCUCUGCAGUGGAGUGGAUCGUUCCACAAUUUACUUGCUCGCCCGGCAUGGCCUGACAUAAUGUCAUGUCCAGUGGAGAUUAUUCUGUGGUCCUUUUCGAAGUGGUGGCAUUCGAGGGGAAGCUGUGGCAAUACGAUUUCGUGACCACGGACAAGCAUAAGAACUAAGAAAGGGGGAAAAUUAAAAAGUUGCGGUGAAAGGGGCUGGAUUGAAUCCUGUUCUUGGAUCGAAAAAACCAAAGCGGUGUUAAUACGUCCCGGAAACUGAAAAUGAUGGAACCUCCAGAGCCUUACGACCACUCCAGAGCAGGAGACAUUCUAGCCUUCUGUGGAAAUAGUUCAAGGCCGAGGAAUUGUGCUACCUUCAAGUUAGACAGAUUACACAACUCGGUGCUGUGCACGCUCGUUCCUGGCCAAAUAAGCAUGUCCAUAUGCACUCUUAAGAAAUGGCUUAUGCUUCUUUGUCUCCUCCUUGGAUCGACGUGGCCUCACAUGUCAACAGCUCUUAAGGUAAUCGAUACAUCCUGGGCAGGUGCCGGUAGGAGUUGCAACAUGCGUUUCUGACAGCCGACGUCUCCGACGAGGUGAUUAUAGCAUUCCGAUUCAAGCUUUGUGGUCUUAUUUAACUACGUUGCCAGACAAAUUGAAAGUUUUGGUUACAUCAACGCCCAGACUGGGAUGACUGAUUCAUGAACUCACGUCGCUCAGAAUUGCAGGCGUUAAACAUUUCGCUUGGGUUGAAUCAGGAGGAGUCCAUUCUUCUUUCGUGGCGAAACAGCAGCAGCGCAAAUCUGAGAGCACUGUGGCAAGAGAAUCGAACGUCGGGUCCGUGUAGCUGGCACGGUGUGACCUGCGGGGAGUCAUAAGGGUAGAAUCGAGUCACGGGCAUUAACGUCGCCUCUUUGAAUCUGGCGGGAGCUAUCCCUGCAGGGAUCUGUAACCUGACGGCGCUCAAUUCGCUCUCGUUCGCAUCCAACAACCUCACUGAAAAGAUACCGCCCGAAAUCGGCAGUUGCGCUAAUCUGCGGGAGCUCAACUUCACUGAAAAUGUUAUCACGGGACACAUUCCAGUGGAGAUCGGACGACUCACGUAGCUGCAGCGCUUGGAUCUCUCCCGGAACAGCAUCAAUGGCACCAUCCCACCAGGGCUGUUCGCUAAUUGUGACAACCUCAUCGCCUUCAACGUCUCUUCGAACAAACUCAACGAAACGCUUCCAGAGGAGAUAGGAGCUUGCACAGGCUUGCGAAUAUUGGACGUAGGCUUCAAUGAGCUCGCGGGCGAGAUCCCUUCCUCAUUAGGCCAGCUAUCCCAUCUCGAGGAGCUCAUAAUGGCGGUCAACGAUGCCUUUAAUGGGACAAAUCCUGACACGAUUCUCUCGAACUGUCAAUACCUGAGAAAGCUGGAUAUAGCGUGGAACCAGUUCUCAGGACUACUUCCUCCGAAGCUCGGCAAUUGCACCCACUUGGAGAUGUUGGUCAUGCAGGGGAAUCUUUUCAGUGGAUCGAUUCCAGGAGAAUUAGGAAAACUCAAAAAGCUGAAAGUACUCAGAGUAGGAGAGUUGCCGCAAAACAUCAGCCAGUGCAGCUCCUUGGAGAUUCUGGACAUCGGCGACAACUUUACGGGUGCGAUCCCGCCGUGGUUAGGUCAUCUUGCCAACCUCCAGUCUGUAACAUUUCAAAUCAACAAAUUCCCCGGCACAAUUCCCGCGGAGGUGACGACUCUGCCGAUGCUGCGGUACAUUGAUUUCAGCAACAAUUCCAUCCAAGGUAGUGUGUUGAAGGAGUUUGCCCGCGUGUCUAGCUUGCGGCUCCUGCGCCUCUCGAACAACAAUAUGACGGGAAGUAUUCCGGAAGUACUUGGAUACAUGUACAAGCUGCAGGGCCUGGAUAUAUCAUCGAAUUUCCUCAAUGGGUCCAUCCCGAAGAGCUUCGGCAACCUACAGGACCUCCUGUGGUUGCAUCUGGGGUACAACAAGUUGACUGGAAUACUCCCGCAAGAGCUUACCAACUGCUCAAGCUUGACGUGGCUCAACUUGGCGCACAAUCAGAUGCGAGGGCAAAUUCCUUACAGUUUUAGCAACUUAGGAUGGGACUCAGAGCGGGUGUUUCGCCAAAACCAGAAGAAUCCUUGGAUUGCAGACGGAGUGGGAGGGUGCUCUAUGCUGGCGACAUGGGCGCCAACGCAAUCCAAGCACUUCAAAACGUUGCUUGACGUCAAGGACUUACAGAAGUGCCACGUUUGGUUGCCGCUUCUCGUCAGCGGCGGCUUGCAGCUCCGCAGUAACAAGUCCACGGGCGAGAACAAGGUGCUCAGCUACUGGCAGCUGAAGAGUAACAAUCUCAUCGGCGUAAUCCCGGACCUCAAAAACGCUUUAUCUCUAGGGUUUCUUAUCCUCUCCAAGAAUGGCCUGAAGGGACCGAUUCCCUUAGAAAUCGGCAACCUCCCGCUCUACUACCUCGAUGUGUCAACGAAUAACUUGAAUGGGACCAUUCCGAACACGUUAGGCAACGCAUCGUUGCAGGUUACUUUACACGUGGCCUACACUGUUCUCUCCGGCACGCUGCCAGCGGAGCUCGGUAAUCUGAACGCCCUAACGGUGUUGAACGACUCCUACAACCCGAAAUUGAGCGGGAUAAUUCCGAGCAAGGGCCAGUUCACAACCUUCGAGUUGGAUUUCUACAUUGGCGACUACAAUCUCUGCUUGAACGACACCGAUCCCAUGUACACCAAAGCUUUGAUCAAUUUGAGCACCUCGUCCACAAAUGUACCGAAAUUGUGCAGUCAAGUGUCCAAUGUAGUUUCAACUAAAACAAAAAAGCGUUCCAGGAGGAAGAAGAAAAUCAUCAAGGUGCUUGAAACCACCCUCAUGAGCAGUUUGAGCACAUUGUCAGCUCUUCUUUUUUUGAACUCUGUUUACUGCAUGGUGCCGAAAUGGCGGAAGAGGAAGGCUAUGGCGAAGAAGGGCCUAAAUCUCUGGGACAAAAGCUCAGAGAAAUCGCACUGGUCUUCAACAGAAGUGGAUGGCAGCUUGCAAUCCUCAGUUGCGUCAUUCUCGCCCUUCUCCAACCUGAAAUCUUUGACAUAUUCACACCUGGUGCAAGCCACGAAGAAUUUCAGUCAAGACAACAUUAUUGGGGACGGGGGAUGUGGAAUUGUAUACAAGGCGAAGUUGGGAGACAGCACUACCGUGGCGAUCAAGAAGAUGAAGCAAAACGGCCCGCAAGGUCCUCGCGAAUUUCGAGCCGAGAUGGACACUCUCGGCAUAAUACGACAUGAAAAUCUCGUCUCUUUACUUGGGUACUGCUGCAACAACGAGGAGAUGUUGCUAUUUUGCGAGUAUCUAGUGAAGGGGAGUUUGGACGACUGGCUGUACGAGAGUGACGCGAAAGCUGCACAGCUCGACUGGCCGCUACGUUUCCGCAUCUCGCUCGAAACGGCAAGAGGGCUCGCGUUUCUUCACCGCGAGUGUGUACGCCACGUAAAUCAUAGGGGCAUGAAGUCCAGCAACAUCCUUCUCAAUGAGAAUUUUAAGGCGGUCCUGACUGAUUUCGGCAUGGCCCGCACCAUGGGCAUCGACUGGACUCAUGUGAGCACCACAGUGGUCGGCACGCCCGGGUACAUUCCGCCCGAGUGCUCCCAGACAUGGCGCGCCAUUACCAUGGGUGAUGUGUACAGCCUCGGCGUCGUCAUGCUGGAGCUUGUCCGGGAAGCGACCUACAGGGCCUCAUUUCAACGGGCGGUGCGGCACGAAUCUUGUCGAAAAGGCGAGGAUUCUCGUCUCCCGCGGAAGGCCUGAGGAUAUCUGCGAUGCAAAUGUACUUAAAUCAAUUGCACCCCAGGAAAUCUCACAGUUUCUGGAUAUUGUCAUUCAAUGUACCGACAUCACUUCAACGUCUAGACCCAGGAUGUCGGAGGUUGUGCAGAUGCUUGGAACAAUUUGUAGAGAUCAAGCAUCCCAAUCCUCACAACACGGUAUCUUGAUGGAGUUACCGCCCUAGUGACAAUCAUUUGGUGGGUGGGCGCUGAUUGAGGAAAGCGUGUUUCUCGGAACGGUUCCACGGAAUGUGGAUUGAAUUGGAUCACAUCCCAUAAGAUUAGAGGGUCUGUUUCAUUGUGAUCCUGCGACAAGCUUCAAGUUCAGCAUUCAAAUUUUUUGUAGAACUAGGGCGGUAACUCACCACAAGUUUGUAGAACGAUUUUCGUACUAACUGCAUCGCAAAUGUGGUUCAAUUGUAUAUGACGUAUAAUGUUCAUAAUGUCUGAUUCGGAACUA